AUAUUAUAUAUGUCGUUUGAGGGACAUUAGGUAUAUCCCGAAUAACUCAAAUAUCAAACCUCCUUGGUGUCUGCAGUCUGCACCAGUGUUAAACUUCUUGCCUUCUUGGCCAGUCCAGUGGCACCAACGUGAAAUGUGACUGUGUGGGUGGUUGGCGAGGUUAGCAACAUCGAAAGAAGUGAUGAAGUGUCAUUCAUUGAGGUUAAGUUGUAUUUCUAACUGUGGAGUUAAUGAAGGGCAAUAUUGCCCGUCACAUUUGAAUUUUUAUUAACAUUUGCUCUGUAAUCAUACUCAAAAUGUACGAGCCAAACGAGAGAAAAGUAGAAAUAGAGAGUAAAUUGGAGAAGGAACUGAGCAACCUCAAUUUGCUCAAGGAGAAAGUGAAUAAAAGUAAUCAGUUAACUAAGAAUAUGGUGAAUAUUUUGUCUUCUUUUGAACAUCGCUUGGCUCGACUGGAAGAGACCAUUCUUCCUGUCUAUAACCAAACAGGGAACUUACAGAAACGACAAGAACAUAUUGAACAUACUUUAAAAGCUUUAGACCAUGUUAUUGCGUUUUAUGGUGUGAGUCAAGAAGUGGAACCAGUCAUUCGUGCUGGACCUGGAUUGAACCCAAAUGGGGAUUCUUGCUUGGAACCUUUCUUACAAGCAAUGAACAAACUUCAAGCAGCUAUGGAGUACUUUCAGACCCACAAUUCUGAAAGUGUUGAACUUGAUAAUGUGAGAACAUUAUUUAAUUCUGGAGGUGAUGCCCUUAAUCGAGAGUUUAAAGAACUUCUUCAACGACAUAACAAACCUGUUCCUCCUGUUAUGUUAUUGGAUUUAGUCAGUCCAGAUGAAGAAACACCUAUGGAAGAUCACUCAGCCUCUCUCAAUCAUCUACCAGACUAUGUCUGUUUAGAGUUACAGCGCAUUGCAGAAUGGCUAAUAAUAAAUAAUCGUGAUGAAUAUAUUAAUGUGUAUGCAACUUUGCGUGGUAAUGUACUACAUAAAUCGCUUCAAAAUUUGAAAGAACAUCAAAGAUCAUCAAGUGGAGGCAGUGUUCAAGGCAUCAAUGCAGCUAAUUCCCCAAUGGUAAAGAUUGUUGUUGAACUGUUGCAGAGAUCAAAAUUCAGACAUGAAACACCUAAUCGACGAGCUUCUAAAAGAUUGCAGCAUGUUUUUGAAAAGAAAGCAAAUAAAAUGUUAUUGAGAGCAUCUCAAACUUUGGAACAUUCCACUGGAUUGACCCUGGGCAGUCGGAGGUCAGGCAUUCUAUUGGCAGCUGAAUCUAGAGAUGAUGCGGUAGAUGAGCAAGAAAUGGACAAUUAUCUUGUGUGUGUGAUGGCACUACAAAAGCUAAUGCAGAGUGAGAGACAUCUCAUGUUGGGCAUUGUUCCUUUGGAUUUGCAGCCAAGAGCAUUUGAAAUAUUAAUCAGAGAUGCUCUUAAUAUGGUGGUACAAGAUGGUGAGAGUAUUGCUGCUCGAGCUAAAAGAUGUAUCAAUCGUCAUGAAUUUGCAGCUGUUCUGGUAGUAUUCCCCAUUUUGAAGCAUCUUCAAUCUAUGCGACCUGAGUUUGAUAAAAUCGUGAAGGGAUGCAGUGAAACUGUUACAUCAAAAUUUUCUUCUAUUCAUAAUACUCUACAUGGAACAGCAGCAAAAGCUCUUGACGAUUUUAUUGAAAGCAUUCGUUCUGAUCCAAGCACUCAACUUCCCAAAGAUGGUACAGUUCAUGAACUGACGAGCAAUGUACUUGUUUUUCUGGAGCAAUUACUUGAUUUCACUGAUACAAUUGGAGGUGUCCUAGCUCAGAACUUGGAAUAUAACAAUGCAUUAGGGCAGUUACCUGGUGGAUAUGGAAGAACAGAUAAAAAUAAAAUUUUAUUGGGAAUGUACAUACAAAAAGUAUUAAUGGAACUGAACCAGACUUUGUGUAAUAAAAGUGAAUUUUAUAGUGAUGUCUAUCUUCGAGCUGUAUUUCGCCUUAACAAUAAUUAUCAUGUUUUAAAGGCUUUACAGCGAUCAGAAUUGGUUCAUCAUGUGCAAUUAUCUAAACCGAAUUUCGAAUCUACUUAUCAUAAAAUGAUAAAUGAUAAUAAAGAUGCAUAUACUCAAAGUUGGGGCAAAGUGCUAAGUAACAUCUGGCCAUUAGAUGACCCACAAUUAGCGAAUUUCAGUGCAUCUAAAAUGCGCGAUAAAGACAGGAGCAUCAUAAAAGAAAAGUUUGCUGGUUUCAACAAAGAAAUGGAGGAAAUUGUUAAAGUGCAACAUGGCUAUUCCAUAGCAGAUGUAGAACUACGGGAAAGUUUAAAACGAGAUAACAAAGAAUUCAUAUGCCCAAAAUAUAAUGCAUUUUAUGAAAAGUUUACAAAAGUGUCGUUUACCAAAAAUCCAGAAAAGUACAUAAAGUACACGCCUGAACAAGUUUCAACAAUGAUCGACCAGUUCUUUGAUGUUGCAGCAUAAAUUUACUGAUGAUAUUUAUUUUUAGAAAUCAUUUGAAAAGUUAUGUUAUUUAUGAUUAUGUAUAUUUUAUCACCGCAAACUUUGUAUUGAAUGCUUAUGUACAUAAUGUUAUUGAUAUUAGCACAUUAAAAAUUAUAUUCAAAAAUAAUUUUGAAUAAUUAUUUAUAUAAAUUUGUUCUGAGAAAUGGUUUAAGAUUCCAUCAAUUGUUUUCAUAGGUGCUUGAGGUUUUCUCCAAUUGACUUUAUAAGAAUAAAGUUUGUCCAUGCUUAUAAACCCUUUAGAUGUGUGAUGCUUCAAACUAAUGGACUAGUGUCCCAGCUUUCAGACCUGCACAACUGUUAACAUAGAAUAAUGGAAAUGUUUAGAAAUUUUUUUAUUAUAUUUUUUUUUAUUGUAAGUAUAAAUUCCUUCCAUUAAAAACUUAAA